AUGCAGGGCUUCAGGCUCCCGUCGACGGUCUUCAACAUCGCCCGGUCGCGCACGGGCCUACCCUCGUUCCGCGAUGGGGCUGCCACCCACAACACGCAGGCAGAUGAAACCAUCGCCGCUGUUGUCGACGAGGAACUAAAGCUCCCGAAGCUGUCCUCGCUGGCCAUCAUCUUGCUCGCGAAUGUGUGGUCCCAGCUCACCUUCUUCAUCGUUGUCUCCUCCUCAAACGAGUACGCUGCUCAUCUCGGGGGUACCGCAACCUUUGCGGGUCUCGUGAUCGGUAUCCCCACCGCCAUCUCGGGCUUGACGCUGCCGUUCCUCACUCGUUGGGACCAAGGAGGCUACAAGCGACCUCUAAACUUUGCCUGCGCGUGCCAGAUCCUGGGGAACAUUUUAUACGCGCUGGCGUACCGCGCCAACUUCCUUUACCUGAUCCUCAUCGGACGCAUGGUGUGCGGUGGCGGUUUCACCUGGUUCAUGUACACAAAGCGCUACUGCUCGGACCCCCGCAUCGUCGGUAUCCGCCGUAGGACGACGCUUGCGGGCUGGCAGGUACUCGGCCAGGGCAUUGGAUUCAGUGCCGGACCUUUCGUUGGCGGGCUGCUCUUCAAAGUUGGGUUCGGAAACUCGGUCUUCAACGGAUUUACUAGCCCUGGCUGGCUCAUGGCCGCGAUGUGGGCCGCAUUCUGGGUCGCAGUACAGGUCUUCUUCGAAGACGUCCCGUGCACCGUCUCAAGCGCCAUCCCGCUCCAGCCCAUCACCGCUUCCGCCAACAAGGACAACAAGGCUCUGGACGAGGCUGCGAUCUCUGAAGUUCCCGAAGGCUCCCGAUCUCCCUCUCCCUCUCCCUCUCCCUCUCCCCCUCCCGCGCCCGCGUUCAAGAUGGCGCCGAACCAGGUCGGCGUGACGCUCACGAUGUGCUGGUUCGCGAUGCUCUGCUUCUUCGUCCUCGGCGCCUGGGAGUCCAACAUCCCCGUGUUCACCGGCUCGGACGCGCCCCAGAACCCGUUCCACUUCAGCCCGUUCGCGGCGGGGAACCUGAUCGCGCUCGGCGGCGCGUGCACGAUCCCGUUCCUGCUCCUCAACCUGCACGUCGCGCGCCGCGUCCAGGACCGGCACACGCUCGCGGUCGGCACGGCGGUCGGCACGGCGGGGCUCGUCCUCGCGCUCGCGCUCCUCGCCGCGCGCAGGGUCGCCUACGGCCCGUUCUUCGUCGCGUGGCUGCUCGUCGCGCUCGGCUUCAACGUCGCGAGCACCGUCACGCUCUCGCUGCUCUCGAAGCAGCUCCCCGGGGAGUGGAACGGGCGGGUGAGCAUGUUCAUCCAGUACAGCAACUACACCGGGCGCGUCACCGGCGCCGUGUGGGGCGGGGCGGGCGUGAAGGUUGGGAUGCUCGGGUACGUGGGGCUCCAGCUCGGACUGGUCGGUAUAGGAUGCGUCAUGUUCAUGUCGCUGUGGAAGAACCUGAAGGCUAAGAUGGGGUAG